AUGGUGGUUAAUAAUGAGUUCAAUAAUACUGCACAAACAGAAGAUGCUAGUACAAAGUGUGGAGAGACUGAAGACAGUGUUGAACAUUCUGAUCACAAUACUGGAGGCAGUGAUCCACCACAGCCAAAUGACACCGAAAGUAUGCCUAACAUUAGGCAUCCUUCUCCAAUAGAAGAGGAAGGAGAAGAGAAAGCAGCAUUCUCUAGCACUAAUCCUUGUCAGGAUUAUUCUGUGCAUCCUGCAGAACAGGUUGAUAUAGAAGAACAUUGUGAUGUAAGUCAAGGAGAUAUGAUAGGUGAUAGUGUUGUUGCACAUGAACCUCCUGCAACUGAAGAGCAUGAUAUCCAACAUAACAAGAGUCAUCACAGGUCUUUUAAGAAGAGCUUUUCCUUCCUCAAGAAGUUUGCUGAAAAGAUUCAUAAAAAAGACUCUUCUCCAUUGCCAAAGGGAUCCACUAUUAAGAAUGACAAAUCUAAGCUUGAAGAUGAACAGGUUGAGAAAAAUGCUCAAGAUGAGGUAUUAAAGGAACCUGUGGGCAAUCUAGCUGAAUCUUUAGAGCAUGGGAAUGCUUCACCUCUUGAAAACAUUGACAAUGAAUCUCACAAGAGCCACAAGACUUCUGCCUUCAUUGAGAGUUCUGAAGUUCCUGCUAUACGAGUUGAAAGUGGGACCCCUGAUUCUGAUGAACCUCAUGAAAAUUCAAACCUACAUUUGGAAACUGAGAAUGAUGGCACUUACUCUGGUACAGUUGAGGCCAAUUAUAAGGAAGAUCCUCUUCAGGACCAGAAACUGCCUGGAAAAGUUGCAACUGCUAUCAAGAAAGGAAAGACACGAAAAUCAGUUAUGUGGAAUCUUAAAAAGAGACUGCGUUCCAGAGGACAUGCAGUACCUGAGUCUGAGGAACUUCAUGGGACACAACUGUCAGAUAGGGCCAGGGUUGAGAAAGAAGAUGAAGAGUCAUGGAUACCAGAACCUUCUUUAAAGAAUGAUGAUGAAAUCCAGGAUGUCUUGGUUGAUAGAUCAAGUUCUGACUCCCUAACAAGACUAAAUGAAAAGAGAAGUCAAAAUACAGAGGAUGAGGAUGACAAGAUGAUCUAUGAUAAAAUUGAAUACCCUGGAUCAAGAUUCACCAACAAGACUGUUGAGGACAAUGAUAAUCUUUUUGGAGUUGUUAUCCAUGAGACAGGUCAUCUAGCUGAAAAGUCUGUCUCUCGUUCAUACUCUGUAAAGCUGCAUAUAUUAGAUAUGGAGACAGGGCAGUACUUCCCAAGAAGACAUGCAGAUGAUGGCAACAGAACAUUACCACCUCUGAUGACACAAUUUUGCAAGUUGACAUGGAACCGUGCACCUUGUUGGGACGAGGUGUUGGUUGUGGAUGAAAAAUGUUCAUACAUCAUGGAAGAGACUUCCUCUGUAAUACUCUUGUUUGAAUUGUGCUGCCAUGACUUGAACAAAGCAGCAGAAGGUCAUGAGGCAGGGAAAGUUCCAGAGAUGGAAAGUCUGGCAUGGUCUUUCCUUCUCAUGUCCAGCCAUAAUGGUCAGUCUAAGAGAGGACAUCGCAUGCAGUUGCAACUUUACAGACCUCCAAGGAUGACCCCAAGGAUAAGGCCUAAAUGGGCCAGUUCCACAGAAAAUGAAAAAAAGGAACAUCCCAAUGAAGGCAAAGCAGACAUUGAAUCUUCUAUUAAGUGGUCUCGUCUACCCGGUCAGAGUUGUCGAAUACCAAAUUCACAGUGCCUUAGUCUAUCAGCAGGAAAGAAAGGUUGCACUGCUCUUGCCUUCAGUCACAAUGGUCUUUAUAUGGCUGCUGCCUGUCAUGAUGAAGAUUCCUUUCCAGUCAAGAUCUUCAAGAUUCCUUCAGGAACAUUGCUGAAGACUAUUUCACAUCAUUCAGGCAUAAUUUACUCUCUCCAUUGGUCCAUGGAUGAUAACCUACUUCUAUCUGCUUCCAGUGAUGCCACAGCACUUAUUGCCUUCAUCAAUUCUGAUUCUUUCAUGAUUCUUCCUCACCCAUCAUUUCUGUACACAGCUGUCUUCCAUCCUUGCCAUCCAAGCAUUGCUGUGACAGGCUGCUUUGAUCAUGUCAUGCGCAUCUGGUCCCUUCCUCUGAAGCCAGAUAGAAUUCCCCUACUUAUGCUGGAGUUGGAUGGGCAUUUGGGAUAUGUCACAUCUUUGUGCUUCCACACAGAUGGAAGUCUCUUAUAUUCUGCUGAUAGUAAAGGUGCAGUUGGCAUUUGGGAAGGAGAUUGGAAGCAAGGAACUGUCACCCUAAAGAGACUUUUCUCUCUAAGUGAGAUGGCUGGUGUUGUGAUCAACCAUCUUAUGCUGUAUCCAGGAGGGCGUCGCCUCCUGCUUUGCUGCAGGGAUUCCCAGAUGGUCAUGCUUGACACAAAAAUGUUGGGAGUGAUGCAGACAUAUAAAGGCUUCUUGAGUUUUAAAGAAGCAGUUGGAUGUACCAUCACCCCUUGUGGCACAUACAUCCUCUCUGGAAGUGAGGAUUCUAUCGUCUAUGUCUGGAAUACAGAAACUGGGGAGCUGGUGGCUCGUUACAACUCACUUUCAUUUGCAAGGACUGUUUGCUGUGUUGAGUUCCAUCCACAUGAUAACUAUGUUGCCUUUGCGUCUGUUGAGAAGCAAGCACCAGUUCAGGUAUAUUUUUAUAAAAAAUCUGAUUCUGACUCUGAUGCAAUCAUGUUGGUGCCACGGCAAGUGAGAGAUGCAAGUGGAUCUUGGUACUUGAGAAGACCAAGUGUAUCAGAUUUGGAAUUAGAGAAUGACAUUAAGGCUUUCUACAAUCCUGUUCGAAGAAGAGCAACUCUUGAGAUGGAUCCUGGAGAGAGUGAAAAAUGGCAUAGUGUCCUCAGAAAGAUUGAUGCUGUGAUAGCAAUGGCUAAGUAUCCUCUACGAGCUGCAGCUCCUUUUGGCUAUAAGCAAGAGCAUGAACUGGAGGCAGAAAUGUGGGAGAAACCAAGAAAUGGGUCCUAUCAUACAGAGACCAAGACGAAGGCGAAGGCAGACAAAGCCUUCAAUUCAGGUAAGGAAUAA